AUGGACUUCGAUAGAGAGGCUGACGAUGAGCUUGAGUUCACGGUCAAGUCAUCAAAAAACAUCAAGGUGCAUAGCACAUUUGAGAGCAUGAAGCUAAAGCCUGAGCUCCUCAAAGGGAUCUACUCAUAUGGGUUCGAGGCGCCUUCAGCAAUUCAAAGCAGAGCCAUAAUGCAAAUUAUUUCAGGAAAGGAUACAAUUGCUCAGGCACAGUCGGGAACCGGUAAGACAGCUACCUUCUCUGUAGGCAUGCUACAGGCGCUUGAGCCGAAAGUGAGACAGACGCAGGCAUUGGUACUCUCUCCUACUAGAGAGUUGGCUACACAGAUCAACAGUGUCAUCAUGAACUUGGGCAACUACAUGAAUAUUCACACUCAUGCUUGCACUGGUGGCAAGCAAGUGGGAGAAGACACAAAGAAGCUAGGCCAAGGACAACACAUUGUGAGUGGAACUCCCGGAAGAGUGCUCGAUGUGAUCAAGAGGAGACAUCUUCAGACUCGUAAUGUGAAGAUGCUUGUGCUAGAUGAAGCAGACGAGCUCAUGACAAAGGGAUUUAAGGAGCAAAUUUAUGAGAUCUACAGACAGCUUCCACUGACAGUGCAGGUGGUGGUUGUGAGUGCCACUCUUACGAGGGAAGUUCUUGAGAUGACGUCUAAGUUCACAACAGAUCCUGUCAGGAUACUUGUCAAAAGAGAAGAUGUUACUCUCGAAGGAAUUAAGCAGUACUAUAUUCAGUGUGAGAAGGAAGAGUGGAAGUUUGAUACCCUCUGUGACCUUUACGACAACUUGACAAUCACACAAGCUGUAAUAUUCUGCAACACUAAAAUGAAGGUAACAUGGUUAGCCGAACAACUACGAAAGGCUAACUUUGCUGUGGUUGCCAUGCAUGGAGACAUGAAACAGGAGGAGAGAGACCUGAUCAUGAACGAUUUUAGGUCCGGGAACUCUCGUGUGCUAAUAUCCACCGACGUAUGGGCUAGAGGUAUUGAUGUCCAGCAGGUCUCUUUAGUUAUUAACUACGACUUGCCUUUGGACAAGGAAAAUUAUGUCCACAGAAUCGGAAGGUCUGGGCGGUUUGGAAGAAGAGGCAAAGCCAUCAACUUGCUAACAAAAGAAGACAGAGAGGAGUUCAAAGACUUGCAAAGAUACUAUAAGAUCAAGAUCAGAGAAAUGCCCAUGGACUUUAACGACUAG